AAAAAUCUGACUUCCAUCCCUUCCUCCCCUGUCUGUUCCCUCCCUCCCCUAUAGAUCGCCAUUUUUUCCGGGUUUGGGAUUCUUCUUCCCUUUAAAAAACAUGCCCGGAUAACUUGAAGCGUACGCACAUGUCCUUGUGUCCCGCACCCCGUCACCUUCUCAGGUUCAAGCGGCGCGCUGCUCAUGCUGCCGUCUCUCGCUUUCCCCGCUGUCCGGGGUGUUCUGCGGAUCAGUCCGAAGCAGGCACGGCAAAGCUUCCUCAUCCCUUUCCCCAGCAGCAGGGUACUCGCCGGGGAGAGGUAGCGAAGCUCGCUCAUACACAUUUGGUUAUUUCUACUCUUCUGUCACUUUAAAAUCGUUGCCACAAGUAGCCUUUGCAGCCUUUCCAUUUGUGUGAGUUACUGCGGGAAUGGAUUUGCACAAAGGCAAACCUUGUAUUUAUAAUUUUUUUUUCUUUUUAGAGAGAGAGAGAGAGAGAGAGAAUGGGAGAGAGCACGAUGCAGGGGGAGGAGAAAAGGGAGAGGGAGAGCGAGAGAUCCCAAGCAGGCUCCACAGCCAGCACGGAGUGGGACGUGGGGCCCAAUUUCACGACCCUGAGUUCAUGACUGGAGCUGAAAUCAAGAUUUGAAUGUUUGACUGAGCUACCCGGUUGCCCCUAUAUUUAUAAUUUUUAAUGAUAUGCCAAGUUUUCAUUAUUGUUUCUGAGAAGUUGGCAGUUGCAGCUUCUCUCUCUCAAUUGAGCGUUUUUAAAGAGCAAAUGCUGUUAAGUGUUACCCCGUGACAUGAUUGAAUGUAGCGCUCAGAUGAGGAGGAAAGUCCUUCUGUUUCUGCUCUCCUAAUGCCAGUAUUUAGAUUAUUUUUGCAUUUUCUUCCUCAGGUGCUUCCGUUUUGUCCUGCGUGCGUCUAAUCAUAAUGGGAUGCAGUUUCUCCCAUUCAUUCAUUUACUCUUCGGCUUCUGAAUGCCUGUUACCAACCAAGUGUGGUGCUUUGUGCCGGGGAUAAAGACAUGAGUAGGACAGAUUUCCUGCCCCAGAAAGCUCACUGGCGUGCAGUAGACAUUGUACAUCUUCAUAAUGUUCGUAUUUUUACUUGUGUUGAAUGCUCCACUUCCGUUCAGCCUUUCGGGGCAGUGGAUGCACUGAGCAUUGUAACGGGUGCGGUUAUGUUCUUCCACUGGCUGUUCUUUUUCCUUUGGAUAUGUUCUUGAAGAUGAGAUUGCACUGGGUCAAAGAACUUGACAUUUCCUUGACCUUUUACAUAUAUCAUUGCCAUUUAUUUGGUUCCAGAAGGGGAGAGGCUGGAACUGUGACUUGGGCCCUGGGCUCUCUCCUGUCUCUCCUUGCUCUGCCACCACCCUGAGCCUUCUGGCCCCAGGGGCCCGUGGCUCCCACCUACCCUUCAUUUCCUUUUCCGCUUUGGCUGCCCCCACACUCAGCCUUCCCUUUCUGGCAGCCUCCCCAUCCGCACCCCUGAUUUUUGUCCUUUUGACGGUGCCUCCGCCACUCUGCCUCCACCUGCCAGCCCAAUCACAGCCCACAGACUCCCACAUCCCGGAGGCCAGGUUGGUGGGGAGGGGGGCUUGGGGGCUGCUGCCACCGCAGAUUUACGGAUUCUGAUUGCAGCCGGACUCGCAGGGUUGCCUGCCGACCCUUCCAUCCGUCCCUCCUCAGCUGGUCUUACAUUAUCCAAGGCAGCUCUUUCAGACCUUUGCCACUGUCAUCAAGCCUCUCCAUCUUGGCCUGUCGUGCACCAAACCGGUGACCUUGCCUUUUGCUUCAGUGAGAAAAUAGAGGCCUUCUGUCUUCAUCCGCUCUCUCAACAAGUGCAUCCGCCGCAUACUCCCUUCGGUUCCCUGGAGCCCAGCCAGGGGCCAUCAGUAUCCUCCCUUCUCCUGUCCCCAACGCCCAGCUGGACCUUGCCAGGUGUCCUUUGUUUCCAUAAUAAACAGAACUCUUCUCCAUUCCUGUCACCUUUAAACACAGAAAUAUGGCAGAGCCGGAUCUUCCUUCAGACUCUAAUGCCUUCAGACAUAGCUGACUCCUUUGUGGGCCGCCUGUCCCGGUCCUGCUGUGAGGCCACCACAUCUGUGCCUUCUGCCCAUGUUGGCGGUCUUGCUCCUUCCAGAUGCCUCUCCUCUCCUCCUGCCCAUCUCUCCUCCCUUUAACUGAGGCCAGCCCUUCCAGACCUCCUCCUUGUGGGGGUGCCCAGGGUCCCCGAGGAGGUCGGAUGCCGCAUUCGGCCAAGGCUCAGAUUCUUUUGCCUGUGGGAGUGGUUCUGUCAGGUCGGCCAAGCAGCUGCGGCGCUGGCCUCCCCGUGCCAGUCAUCAGUGCUCUUCAGGGCCGGUGCGCCUCACAGGGACUCACGGUGGGUAAGAAACCACAGCAUCGGGCACCAUAGUGACAACAUGACCAUGGUUGCUGGUACUGCUAACAGCUUGGGCUGCCGGAGCUCGCAGGGUGUGACCUACCUGGCUCCAGGAUUAGCGAGGAUUUUCUUGUUUACUCUCCUUAAGUGCCCUGUGAAGUGUGGGCAUGCACGUUCGCUCCCCUUUGUUUGAGAGACGCGGGGCCGAGGUGCAGGUGUGUGUGUUGGGGCACCAUGAGCUACGCAGGAGCCUGGCAGGCUGCCCCGGUUUCCCCGGGCUCAUCUGGUGAAUGUGUUGGGACCACCUAGGCUCUUCUGGAUGUCAUGACUAGUACUUUCCCGUGUUAGACUCUGAGCACUGACCCUGGGAGCUGUGUCUUACUUGAUGAUCUCUGUGACCGAGCCCGAGGCCCAGUACCUGCUCGUGUUCUAGGAGCGCACUGUGGAACCGAGGCAGCCGUCAUCUGUCCCAUUUGCCAGUGAGACCACGUUUCUGCAGAUGUCCUGAGCUACUUGCCUUCUGUCUCACAGGACACGGGGGUCCCAGCCCCUCUUCAGGGCGACGCCUUCCUUUCCGUCUUCUUUCCUAUCCUCUUAUCUCAAGGCUGGCUUAUUUUUCCUAGUCCCUCUCAUUGGCUUUUCUCUUUCGAUUUUCAUCAUGCCUCCAUCUCCCUCAACCCUCUGUGCCCGGGCCUCCACCCCGAGUGCCCCGCUGCUCCCGUCCCUGCUGUCAGGCUUCUUGAGGAAGGUCGCUCUGCAGCUUCUGGUGGGCAUGGGCUCCCGGUAUAGGAUCCCGGCCAGGCGGCGGCUCACCGCACAGCAGCCAGUGGCCCCCUGUAGCCACCGAGAGGUGUCCCGCCGUGGGCUCUACUCUUCUCACUGUGAGAUCUGGUGGUUUUUUGUUUUUUUUUUCUUCAGAGAUACUUUUGAUUUUUAAAACACCAUGAAAUGUUUUCAUCACACUGGAGGACUGUGAAAUGAACACCCAUAUACCUACUACACUCACUCAAGAAAUGUUAAACUUUUGUAAUACACCAAUUCAAUUUUUUCUGAAUGGGCUGCAGAUCCGGUUAAGACUGUGCCAUGCCCUCGCCACGCGGUUCUUCUCCCUCUCUCCCCUUCUGUAGGAGACUGCUACCCUGAGCCCCCGGGUGUCCUUCCCAUCCAGAGUUUUAUAGUCCCACCACUUGCGUAAGUGACCCUGAAUAAGAGUGUCUCGUUUUAGGUGCUUUAAAACCUUAUAUAAAUGGUGUCAGACUGGACUUUCCAUUCUGCCGCGUGCUUUUAUCCCUCUCUUUUUAAGAUCUAUCUACAUCGAUCCCGAGAGCUCAUGGUCAUUCAUUUUAACUGUGUGAUGGUAUUGCAUUUAUACGCUUUCCACCAUUUAUUUGUCUAUACAGUGACUUCUUUUUUUGCCUUUACUUGAUUUUUUUUUUUUGCACUAUUUGUCACCAUUAACGACUUUUGGGUCUUUGAAGAAACCUUUCUUGGCUGCAUCCUGGACAGUUAGUGUUUCUCUCCCACCGAUGGGAUGCACAGGUGCCGGGGAUGUGUUCUCUGUUCCUCCUGGAACUCAGCAUCAGGUCCGUGUGCGUUGGGAUCGUCUUACCUCUUACGUCGCUUUCUUGGUAAUUAGUCCUAUGAUUUUAGUCAUGGUAAAUCAGGAUUCAUCUGGGGGAGACGGGACCCCACACACUGUUCUUUUUUUUUUAAGGUUAUAUUUGUUUGUGCAAGAGCUUGAGAACGGGGAGGGAGGAGCAGGAGCCCCACUGAGCAGGGAGCCUGGACUUGGGGCUCGAUCCCGGGACACAGGAGUCAUGACCUGAGCUGAAGGCAGAUGCUUCACUGACUGGGCCCCCCAGGGACCCCUACCCCACACACUGUUCUGAGCCUUUUAUGUCUGUAGUUUGUGUCACUCCACAGCUGCCCUGGCAGGUGGAACUGUCACCUUGCUCGUCUAUAGACACGAAGCCUAGCCUCAGCCCUCCGCCGCUGGCCCUGGAGCCCCCACUAGUGACUGCAGGACGCAGAUGGGGUGCAUCCUGGAAACACGGCAGGGUCUCCUGUGGACAACCCAAGUGUCCCCCCCCCCCUUCCCUUACUGCUGGUGUGUUCUUCCCCAGGCUCCAGCCCAGGCCCAGGUCCUUGCCUGCCCUUCAGGAUGUGGUCUGGUCCCCACACCCCCACCCCGUCCCAACCUUUUUUUUUUUUUUUUUUAAGUGCCAGGAUUCCUUUGGUUUUCUCAUCUGCUCCUGGAGGCCUGAGCAGAGCCACAUGCCCAAGGCUGUCCCCAGACCCUGGAGCUCAUGAGUCGGCCCCGCUCACUGGCCGCUCUCCGGAGGCCUCCCGUGGCAUCGUGUCGGGCCCCCAACUUAGACGCCCACCCCAGGCCUUCAGUCUUCCUUCUCCUUUUCUUGCGUUUGGUGAUUGGUAGCCUAAGGCAGAGAGCCCAGGGUCAUGUUGGGUUUUCCAGGACCGUCUCUAGUGAUGAGCUCAGUUCUCUCUGGCAGCAUCUCUCAAGCCUUCCCUCUCCUUAAUGGGCCCCACCCCCGGAACCUUUGCCUUGGCCAGAGCCUCUCUGCCCAGGAGCCCCUCACCUGCUCUCGCAGCUUUCAGAGCCACUUGAGGCUUCUAAACUGUCACCCUCACAAAAGCUGUGUGUGCUUUUGUCACGCCUCUGCUUUCCAACCCUUGAGGCUCCCCCAUGCCCUAGAGUAAGCCCCGGAGGCCCUAGCCCUGCCCCACCCCAGCUGGCCCUUCAGCCUCCCCUGGGUCACCUGAGGCAAUGUCCCCUGACUUGUCCCAGGUCUCCAGAGCUCAUCUCGUAUCUUUGGGCCCAUCGUCCUCUCCCCUUUCAUGGCUUGCUGCAGCAGUUCCCAGGGACAGCCAAAACCAAGCACCACAAGCUGGGGGAUUCGAACAGGAGACAUUUAUUCUCUCCCGGAUGUGGAGGCUGGAAGUCCAAGAUCAAGGUCUCAUCUGGGUCACACUCAUUCUGGAGGCUUCAGGGGAGAAUCUGUUCCUCGCCCCUGCCAGCUUCUGGAGGUGUGGGCCCGCUUGGCUUCCAGCUGCGGUGCCCCAGCCUCUGCCUCUGUUCUCCUGUGGCCUCUUCCUCUUCUGUCUUCUCCCCUUGCCUUUCUCGUAGAAGGACACUUAGAAGAUUGUCCUUAGGGUCACCCUGGUAAUCCCGUGGAUGAGCUCCAGGUCCUUAGCAUGACCCCAGUCACUUCACAGAGACCCUUUUGCCAUAGAAGUCACAUUCAGAGAUUCCGAAGAUUGGAGGUUAGAAAAUCAAGUCAGGAAGUGCUCUUGAUUCUUCUGGAACAAGAUCUAAUUUCCCAGCACGAUAUUGAAAACAAAGUGUGUCCAGUCCUGCUGGCGCUCUCUGCCCCGGACGGUGAUGACGAGUAUAAGGCAGAAGCUGCGAACCUAAUCUGCAAACUGGUUUCCGUGCUGAGUAAGAGCACCGUUGAACGCCUGCUGCUCCCUCGAUUCUGCGAAUUGUGUGGUGACGGGAAGUUCUUUCAAGUUCGGAAGGUGUGUGCCACAAAUUUUGGUGAUAUUUGUCAUGCCGUUGGACAAGAAGCCACUGAGAAAUUUUUGAUCCCAAAGUUUUUUGAGCUCUGCUCAGACAGUGUUUGGGGGAUGCGAAAAGCCUGCGCAGAGUGCUUCAUGGCGGUGUCCUACAGCGUGUCCCCCGAGGUCCGCAGAGCCCAGCUGUCACCCCUAUUCAUCAAGCUCAUCAGCGACCCCUGCCGAUGGGUGCGCCAGGCCGCCUUCCAAUCCCUGGGCCCCUUCAUUUCCACCUUCGCAAAUCCCUCCAGGGCCGGCCUCUAUAUUCGAGACGAUGGCACCCUGAGCAUCCGACCACCGGCUCAGGAUUUGGACUCUGAUCUCCCCUCCGGGGCCCCCUGUGCAGGCAGUUCUGGCAACACUUUCUCAGCCUGUUCCACGAAGCCGGUGCAUACGGAGCCAGACCUGCCCACAGGAGGCACGCCAAUGGGAACCGGUGAUUUCCAGCGGGUCGUUAGCUCUGAUGGCCUCAAGGCAGACUCAGUAGAAGACUCUGCCUUGGCUGGAGCCGAGUUGACCAGGCUUUCCCCGGUGACCAGUGCUUCCUUGAAGCUCCCUGCUGGGAGUGACCUCCCCAUCCACAGCCUCCCUGGACCAGGCUCCUCUACCUGCCCAGAGGGUCCUGAGGGUGUAUUCAAUAAUUUCUUUUAUUGGCGAACUCCUCUCCCUGACAUAAGCAAGGACCUAGAGCUGCUUCUGAGUGAGGCUGGGCCCCAGGAGGAGGGCUGUAGCAGGCCCGAGACUGUGCAGCACAGCUGCGUGGCCAGGAGCGAGAUUCAGAAAGUCCUUGAUAGUUUGCAGGAGCAUCUGAUGAAUGAUCCAGAUGUUCAAGCUCAGGUCCAGGUCUUAUCAGCUGCUCUGAGAGCCGCACAGCUUGACUCUGUGAAUGAGCCCGAGCACCAGGGGACCGAAGGUCGGAACGAGGGGUCCGUUUCAGCUCCCAGCCCUGCGCCUGACAGUCCCAUGGCUCUCUCGGCUUCCUCAGCGCAGAAGGAGCCCUCUGAGCCCAGGAUAUUACGAAGCACAGACCCCGGCCGACCCUGCAGUGGAGCCGUUGACAGUCUGGAGACGGAGCAGAGGCAUCUCCCCGCCCCAAUUAAGGAGAAUAAGUCUAAAUUACAGGACAUAAUACCUCAGCCCCUGCUAGAUCAGUACGUGUCGAUGACCGACCCCGCUCGCGCCCAGACCGUCGAUAUUGACAUCGCCAAACACUGCGCCUACAGCCUCCCGGGGGUGGCACUCACCCUGGGCAGGCAAAAUUGGCACUGCCUGAGAGACACGUAUGAAACGCUGGCUUCCGAUGUGCAGUGGAAAGUGCGUCGGACCCUGGCCUUCUCCAUGCACGAGCUGGCUGUGAUUCUCGGGGACCGGCUCACAGCUGCUGACCUGGUGCCCGUCUUCAAUGGAUUUUUAAAGGACCUGGAUGAAGUACGAAUAGGAAUUCUUAAACACCUGUAUGAUUUUCUAAAGUUGCUUCACGAAGACAAGAGGAGAGAAUAUCUUUAUCAGCUUCAAGAAUUUGUAGUGACCGAUAACAGCAGGAAUUGGAGGUUUCGAUAUGAACUAGCAGAACAGCUGAUACUCAUUUUGGAGCUCUAUAAUCCCAAUGAUGUUCAUGAUUACUUAAUGCAUAUUGCCUUAAAGUUGUGUGCAGAUAAAGUUUCUGAAGUUCGGUGGAUCUCCUUCAAACUAGUUGUGGCCAUUUUACAGAAGUUUUCCUCCCACAGUGAGAGCGCACUGGGGUUAAGUUUCAUCAGUGAGCUCAUCAUCAGGUUCCGGCACUGCGCGAAGUGGGUGGGAAGGCAAGCUUUCGCUUUCAUUUGUCAGGCGGUGGUGGACGAGGAGUGCAUCCCCGUGGAGCAGUUUGUCGAACACUUGCUCCCCAGCCUCCUGAGCCUGGCCUCCGAUCCGGUGCCGAACGUGAGGGUUCUGCUGGCCAAAGCUCUGCGGCAGACGCUGCUGGAAAAGGCGUACUUGAGAAAUGCCGGUAACCCUCAUCUUCAAGUCGUUGAGGAGACUGUCCUGGCCCUGCAGUCCGACCGGGACCCAGAUGUGUCCUUUUUUGCCACCCUGGAACCCAAGCGUCGGGGCACCGCAGACGUGCGACUGCCGGAGGAACGGAGUUAACCGCCCUGGGCUCCCGCGCGCCCCAGGCCUACCGCACGUGGGCGCGGACCACUCGCCCCCGCUUGUCAGGGGUCUCACCGUGUCAUCCCUUCUGAGGGAGGAAAGCGCUCUGAAACUUUGAGGACAGGCACUCAAAUGACCUCUUUCCCAUGUGCAGCCCCAGGGACUGCCCCGGGGACGGGCACCACCCUCUGCACCCCUGGCUGCUGACCUGGAAGCCUGCGACCGGGUUGUAGGACCAGGUGGCAGCUGGGCACAGGGGUCCAGAUCGCCUUCUCCAUGACAGACCGACUAUGAUUUAAAGCCCCCUCCUCCUAAAAUAAAGUAGUUUAUUAGAAGCUUUUAAGUCUUUCAGAGACUUGCAUAUUUGGCUUCCCUCAUGCUUUCCUGUAAAAUAUAGUUUAUGGUAUUAACAUUUUAUUUUUAACAAAUAAUGUACAUAUGUAAAUAACUCUUGACAGGAAGAAAAUAUACUAACGUAAUAUCAGCCUCCUAUCAGUGAACAGAACAAAUACAUCAUUUAAAUUUAUGCUCCACUUGGAGUUGCUGCAAAUAUAGCCCAAUUUGUUUACUUUUGAAAACUGUGAUAGUUAAGGAAAUCUGCUGAAGAAUGAUUUAUGGAAGUCUUUCUAAUAUUGUACUUUUGUGUAAACUGUGCUUGGAACUUUUCCUCAGGCACUUAUCCCCCCCCUUCUUGAGGUGACUGUGUCCGUAAAGGUCCAUACAGGCCUUUGACAGAGGCAGAAAGAAAGAUUUUUCAUUCUUACGUGUAUUUAUUAUCCUACGUUUAAGAAUGCGGGAGGGAAAUUGAUCAUUGAGAUGCAGGAUAUUGACUUUACAGCUGAUGCUUCAGGAUCUUUAGCAGAGACUAGGAACCCGCAGUCCCGAUCAGUCAAUACACUUGCCAGGGAUUUGGGGUUAAAUUAUGGUGUUUCAGAUUUCAUUCUUCUAAAAUUUAGACCAAGAUGCUCUAGAACUUAAACGGUUUUCAUGAAUAACUUGAGAUUCUAUAAACGUUUCAUUAAAUUCUGUAUAAUGUG